AUGCAUUCCUCCAUUCGCCCAAAUCAACAUGUGGUGAUCCAACUGCCCUCAGACCAGACUCGCAUCGUGAAGCUUGUGCCAAAUACCGUGAUUCAGUUAGGAAAAUAUGGAAGCUUCGCUGCCAACCAGAUUCUCGGCCGUCCAUUCUUCUUGACAUUCGAAAUCAUUGACGCCCCCCAAAACGAUGGCUAUCAGCUGCGCAUCGUGCCGGCAGAGGAGCUUCACGCCGAGAACCUCAUAGAAGAGGCCGACGCAGAUGGAGAGGGCGAGGAAGGAGAGUCAGGAUCUUCUACACCCAUACCAAUGCGCACCAAUCGCACGAUCACGGACGACGCUUCCACCCAAAAAUUGACGACACAAGAGAUUGAGGAGCUGAAAAAAGAGACCAGCGGAGCAGGCAAGGAGAUUGUGGCGAGGCUACUGGAGUCGCACACCAAUUUGGAUAAGAAGACGGCCUUCUCGCUUGCCAAAUACACGCUACGCAAGCGAAAGAAGUACAUCCGCAGAUUCACAGUCUUGCCGUUAGACGUGGGUUUCCUCACCAAUUAUCUGCUCAACCAACGGGAUGCCCAACGGACAAUGGAACUGCGCGAUGAGCACGUGGGACUGCUUGGAUGUUUGGGAAAUGUACACCACGGCGGCGACUCGACCCUCGAUGCAAUCUCAACCGUCAGACCUAACGGUCGAUACUUUGUGGUUGACGAUACCGGCGGUCUUGUGGUUGCGGCAAUGGCUGAGCGGAUGGGAAUACUGUACCCUGAGGACGAGGAGGAUGAGGAAGAGGAGCCCAAUGACAACUCGAGCGCGACACACGUUGAGAAAGAGCCUUCAGAGAACAAGCCGAUUGCGCCAACGCCCCGGCAUAAACGUCCUCGCCCGAUGUCCGCCCAAGGGAAUACUAUUACAGUCAUUCACUCGUAUUCACAACCUAAUCUUUCGUUAUUGAAGUACUUCGGCUACGAUAUCAAUACUCCUGACGAAUCCCACCCUCUCCAUACUCAUCUCAAGACUGUGUCGUGGUUGCAACUGCAGCGCACCGCAUACUUCUUCAAGCGCAAUCGCUGGGAGAAAUUCCGUGCUGUCACGGAUGAGGCACGUGCUGGAGGCUUUGACGGCCUGGUCGUGGCUACGCUGUUGGAGCCUGCAGGUAUCCUCAAACACACCGUACCACUUCUUUCUGGGUCAGCGGCGGUGGCAAUCUACUCCCCGUCUAUUGAACCCCUUACCGAACUCAUGGAUCUUUACUCGACCUCUCGCCGCACGGCUUUCAUCAACAAGAAACGCGAUCUGGAAAUGACAAGGUCUUCUGAAGAAGAGACGGUGGACUUGAGCCCCCUUUUCGACGAGUUUCCCCUUGAUCCCACCCAGCUUUUGCCUCCGACAUUGCACACAACCCGAGUUCGUGCUUGGCAGGUCCUGCCUGGUCGAACGCAUCCGCUCAUGACCGGUAGGGGAGGGUCAGAGGGCUAUCUCUUCCACGGCGUGCACGUCAUCCCUACGGCUGAGAACAUUCAGGCUGCAGGCACCUUCCGAAAGAAGCGUAAGGUGGAAGCCACGUCUACACCUGCGAGUGAUCGGGAUGUGGAAAUGGUGUCAUAA